AAUAUAAAAUAUCAUGCAAAAAAUAGAAAAAGUUACAGAAGUCAAGCAAGCACCUGUUCUUUGUAAAAUUGGAACCAAUGAUUCAGCAAGUGUUACUUUGAAGCAUAGUGAUGAGCUUGAAUCAACAGCAUUAAAUAUUUCAAAGGAUCCACUCCCAACAAUAAAACAAGAAAAUGAGAAGAAAACAUCAUUUGAUGACAAAUCAGAUUCCCGUCUUAGGAAAUGGAAGAAAAGAAUGAGAUUUCAACCAAAGAACAUCACAACAGUGGAAGAGGUUCAGCAUGACUACUAUAAGAAGUUACUUGCCAAUAGUGAUGUUACUGAAGUAGAGUUGCCAAGAGUAAUAUCUGUACUGCAGCAUGCCAAUGCUGCUGCAAAUGAAAUUCAAUCAAUGAUGUCAGCGAUAAAACAGCAUUCAGGAAAUAAAACCGCACUGCAGAUUCUUCCACGACAUAUGAGACGAAGAUCAGCUGCUCAUAAUGUGAAGAGACUUCCAAGAAGACUGAGAGAACUUGCUCAGCAACAAGGUGCACAAAAUGGAGAAAACACUAAAGUAUGUCGUAAAAAAAGAAGAAGAAAUAUUAAUUUACAAAAUGAAUAUAGCAAGCGAGCAGGAAAAAGUGGUUGGUUAGAAACUCACAUGUGGCAUGCAAAAAGAUUUCACAUGACGGACACGAAUGAUCCACUUUACAGCGCAUGGGGACAUCGUGUGGCCAUACAUCCCAAUGAUAAAAGUUUCCGCGCAUGUUAUCGAGCCACAGCAAAUCAUUGUUUGUUGCAGGAUAUCUCUUUCUACAAAUGCAUUCAAAUAUCAUGUGACCUUGAUAAACAAGAGGAGAUUUUUUGCAUCAUAGAAUCACUCAUGGCUGUGAACAGUAAUAUACCAGUCAAGGUUAAAAGUGGAGAAUGUGAGCAUCAUAUACUUAUUUAUGAUAAAAGAUCAGAACCACCCCAACUAAUUGGACCUGCUUCCAUCAUGUAUCAGCAACAGGGUAAAGAGCAAAUAAUUUGGUUGAGAAUUCAUCCAACUUUGUUAGAGAAAACCAACGAUUUAAUUUCUUAUUUAGUUGGUAACAGGAGUUCCAUAAGCAUAACUGACAUCUCGAGUGAAUUGCUUCGUUUUCGAUUAUCUGGCCCAAAAUCAAGCGUUACUCUACUUUCUGUGUUGCGACCUUUUAAUACAAAGGAAUUUCAUGAUGAAGUUUCAGAUUCCAUUGCUUCACCAUCUACACAAUCUGUUGUUAACAAAUGGAUUGUGGAACAUUUGGAAAAAGUUGCUUUGCAGAAUUAUAGUUUUGUUACCAUGAUGACAGCUUGUCACAAGCAACAGUUUCACAAAGCUGACAAAUAUAAGAGUGGUGGAGUGGAGGAAAGUCAAAUCAUUCCUCUUAUUGUGAAUGAUCCUAGACUUACUUUGCCAAUACAGAAGACUCCGGCCAAGCUAAAAGAUUUAUUAUCAGAUACUGCAGAUUGUGUUUCCACUACUGACGUGGUGUUGAAUGAUAAAAGCAGUGUCACAUCAAGUCCAUUGUGGAAUUCUGAUGCAAGAAAUGAUAUUUCAAACCGGAGACUUUCAGAUAAUGUUGUCAGUACAAGGAAGAAUGAAACAAAAUUUGAAUUGAGUGAAGAUGCAAAGAAAUCAUUAAAAUCAAUUUCUCAACCAAUUCCAGUUAUUUUAAUCAGAAGAUCUGGUUUCAAGAAACCAAAACAGCCCCCAACCAAAAGUAUUACUGAAGAUGUGAAAAAUACUCAAUCUAGUGAAGAAACUUAUUUUGCACAAGGCUGGGAUCUUAUUAUUCCAGCAAAAUGGGCAACAGCAUUUUGGAUUCCAUUGGUGUAUAAUCAAGCUAGAGUUGGUGGAAUACGUGAGCAAUCACGCACACACUUGGAAUGCAAGCGGCCGUUUUUCCCACGAGAUUAUCCGGAUUGUGAAAGUGGUCGAUUGUUUUGGGAAGCGACAAUGAAAAGGAAGCAGACGGUUUAUUUCAGGAAACCACCAGCCAAGCGACCUAACUACUCUAUUCUUGCUACUCCAUUUCCAUUUGCUCCAUGUUGGGAACAUCUGUUUGAAAGAAAAUCUUGUUUUGAAAUCUCACAUGCCGAUCAAGUUGAUGUAAAGGAAAAUACUGAGUUGAAUGUUCAAAAGAACAAGUUACAAACAAAGGAGUUGAAUGUCAUUUCGGAGGAUACAAGCACAAAUAUGCCUGAUGUUAAACCCAAAACAUUUAAUUCAUUACAAAAAAAUAAUUCUAACCAGAUAUCAGGUUUCAAAAGGCAAGCAUUGGAUAACAUUUCAUCAACACCUUCGAAAAUGUUAAAACAUGAAAAUCAGAAAGAUUUUCCAGUCAAUGUGAUACAUAACACUGAACUGUUAAAAAAAGUGGAACACCUAUGUUAUGAUGAUGCUGUAUCUGGGGAACUUGACAUUUUGUGCAAUGAAAACACAUUUGGUCUUAUUUGCGUUCAAAUUUCCAUGAUCAACAAAGGAUGUCCUGUGGAAUGUAGCUCAAUAUGCGUUCCUAAUACUGAUGAUAUAAUAAAGCUGGAAGCACAGUAUAAGGAUCUGCAUGGGAAAGGUUUGGCAAAUUGCUCUGGUCCGUAUGAAGCAACUCACAUGGAUCCAAUUAAGAUGGAAAAAAAAAGAGCAACAGAUUCGAAAAUUCCACAUCCAACCAAGAAUAUUCAUGAGAAAAAAACUGAGAAACCGAUUUCAUUUCCUGUUUAUCCAUCACGGACAAUAUGUGGUUUCGUGACUUCAGGAGAUUACUUGUUUUGCAGUGGGGGAGGGGGUGGUGUGGGGUUUGUCACCCUCAAACAUCUGGUUCAAGUUUAUCGUGAACAAGUAAAGAACGAUUGGUUAAAAUUGUUUGUCCGCGAGGUAUUACACAACCGUGGAGCUCUACUGUUGCUUAGAAAUCCAGAUUCAAAUCAAUAUCGUUUUGCAGUAAUUGAAAUAUAUUCUUCAGAAUAACACGGCAUUUAAACAACAUACAAAAGCAAUAUUUGAUUUAUAUUAAAACUAUUUUUUCUUGGAUGACUUGGAUUUUCGCUGUCCACUUCCUGAACCUCGUGAAGGAGCACGUUUCGCCGUUUCAGAUGAUUUUGGUUGAAGUAACUUAAAUUAAAAUAAACAAAUUCGACUAAA